AUGCAUCAAUUCAGCCCUUUGGAUACCAUCAUGCCCCCUAUCUUUAACGCUUUGAUUGUAGGUUGGUCGGUUUCAGGUGAAGACAACGAUUCUAUUAUCUCAGUCUUGCGACGCUCACUGGCACUUGUCGUGGAGGAAUGGCCUGAUUUGGCGGGAGAAAUUGUUGCUCCUCCAACGGACGCAUCACCAGGAACACAACCUUUUAUUCGGCCCAUGCAAAACCAUGACUCACUUCUCACCAUUCGCGACUUCACCGGCCCUGAUAGUCCUUUCCCGUAUAACUAUUCCCAGCUCAAGGCUGAGGGGUUCCCCACUGAUAAGCUCGAUGGCCAGCUGUUGGCCCCUUUGGCUGGCGUCGCUACGACGCAGCGUGUCAUGGCAGCGCAAGCCAGCUUUAUCCAUGGCGGUUGUCUCCUCUCUGUUGGAUUCGCCCAUCAAUUCGCGGACGCUUACGGUGUUUACCUGAUCUUUGAGAAAUGGGCACAGUAUUAUCGACAGACCCAGGGCCUCCCAGCACAGCCUUCGGCCUUCCCCAACUCGUCAUCUCGGUCACAGAUUGCGCUCCCUCUUGCAUUCCAGGUGUCCCAUGACCAAGCCAUCGAGAAGUACCCAACGUUGAAGGAGAGACCAGAAUUGUGGAAGCUGAUCGGUCUCGAUUGGCGCGGGUCCGCCACGUCUCCACCACCCGAACCUCCUUUCCAAAUCGCAGCAGGGGGUGUUGAGACCCGCAUCUUCUCCCUCUCCGCUGCAGCCCAGGCGACACUCAAAAAAACAGCUUCCACUUCUUCCCCAUCUCUUGAACCCAUUUCCACCAACGAUGCUCUAGUGGCCUGGAUCUGGCGGAAUAUUUCCAAGGCCCGAUUUCCCUCUGGGCAGCCAAAUGCACCGUGCCGAGACAACUCUUUUGUCUCGGUUGCCAUCGAUGGUCGCAGGCCUCUCUCAGUUCCAGCCGACUAUGCGGGUAACGUCGUAUUUUGUAGCAUGACCAACAUGUCGAUUCAGGACCUCACUAACCCCGACACCCCGCUGGGCGAGAUUGCUGCGCGCAUCCGCCACGAAACUAUCGCCAAUCGCGACACAUCAAGGCUUACGGAGGCUGUCACCCUUGCUGCGGGGAUUCCUGACGUUCGCCAGCCCUUGGCCAAUGCUUUCCCCAGCUGGUUUGCUGAGGACCUUGUCACCACCUCCUGGGUUGGGCUCCCCUUCUACCAGUUGGAUUUCGGUCCUGCUCUGGGGUCUUCCGGGUGCAUUGAGACCUUUCGAAUGCCCCGCGGCCAAUUUGCAGGGAUUUGCAGCUUUCAACCGCGCACGAAUGACGGAUCGGUGGAAGUUGUUGUUGGGUUAUUGACAGAGCAAAUGGAGCGGUUGGUAGGGGAUCCGGACUUCAGGAACUUUGCCAAUCUUAUUUCCUGA